AUGCCAGUAAAGCUGCCGUUCACGCGCUAUAAUUGGAGCCUCCGCGCAAGCUCCAGCGUCCAAGAUUUCUUGAAGGAAUUUGUGCAAGAGAAGAAGGUGAAACUAGAGCAGCACACUGCAACUCCUCCUCAAGACUUGAUCACGUGCUUGUUAAGUAAGCGCAAUGAAGAAAACGAACGAGUUGCGACUGACAAGGAAAUUCUGCACAAUAUCAUGCUUGUCAUGGUUGCUGGACAUGAUACCUCGUCCGUCCUUGCAUCGAACAUGACACAUAUGGAUGAGAGCAUAUUCCCAGAGCCAUCAAAGUUUGAUCCUGCUAGAUUUGAAAACCAAGAGUCAGUACCGCCCUACAGCUUUAUUGCUUUUGGAGGAGGGCCCCACAUCUGCCCAGGAAACGAACUUGCGAGGAUCGAAACCCUUGUUGCAACCCAUGAUUUGGUCACUUUGUACUCUUGGGAGUUAUGUUCAGAUGAUCAUUACAUAAGGGACUCAUGCCAGUACCUACUCUAG